UGUUAUUACCUGAUACAGUGUCAUCUUCCAUUCAAGUAAUGUCCGCUAGACUUUGUAAGCGUUUAUUUAAAGAACUAAAAGGUAUGGGAGAAGUGUACCCUGUGAUUUUUUUGGUAUGUUUGAUGUUCGGCGCCAUAAGUGGCUUGAGCUCAGUAUGGUCCUGGCAGUGCGAAAAAGGGUAUUGUCAAAAGAAAUUAAUAACUAAUGAAACGGAAAAUACAGCCCUCAGUCUACCAGCAUGCAGACUAUUCUGCUCCCAAUCGGCAGCGUUGUGGCCAAAGCCUACGGGUACUGUGUCAGUGGGGAAUUUCCUAGCCAAAAUUAACGUCAACAGUAUCGACGUGGAAGGGAUCAAAUCGGAAACCACUACAACUGAUCUAGCCCAAGCGGCGGCGAAAAUUUUUAAAGAACAAAUCCGGAUACUAAUCCCCAAGAACGUCAACCCAACAGGAGGCAAAUCGUUAAUCGUCAAUCUGGAUAUACAAAAUCCUAAUAUCAACAAAAUUACUUUGGAAUUGGACGAGAGCUAUACUUUGCAAAUAUCAGAAUCUUCCGAUGGAAGACUGAAAGCGUUGAUCACGGCUGCGACGUUCUUCGGAGCACGCCACGGUCUACAAACGCUAAACCAGUUAAUAAUUUACGAUGAUUUGAGGGAUGAAUUGCAAGUUCCGAGGGACGCGUCCGUGACAGACAAACCCGCAUACCCCCACAGAGGAAUACUACUCGAUACUUCUAGAAACUAUGUUACGGUGGACACAAUCAAGAAAACAAUCAAAGGCAUGGGAGCUUCGAAAAUGAACACUUUCCACUGGCACAUCACGGACUCUCAUAGCUUUCCCUACGUUUCCCAAUCCCAACCUAGAUUAUCCAAGUUAGGAGCUUAUUCGCCUACUAAAAUAUACAGUCCCAGUGACGUGGCAGAGAUCAUCCAAUACGGAAAGGAAAGAGGUGUGCGAGUGAUGCCAGAGUUCGAUGCGCCAGCUCACGUAGGAGAAGGCUGGCAAGAUACUGGUUUAGUCACGUGUUUCAACUGGCAGCCCUGGCAGAGUUAUUGCGUCGAACCUCCUUGUGGACAGUUCGAUCCGACAAAAUCUAAGCUCUAUGAUGUCAUCGAAGAUAUCUAUGGUGACAUGAUCGCGCAGUUCCAACCUGACAUCUUCCACAUGGGCGGUGACGAGGUCAAUUUCAACUGUUGGAACAGCACGGACAGCAUUGUGGAAUGGAUGGCCAAAGAAAAGGGCUGGGGAAGAACAGAGGCGGACUUCGUGAAGCUUUGGGAUUAUUUCCAGACUCAAGCUCUUGAGAGACUUUACAAAAAAGCUGGAGGCCAAAUACCAGCGAUAAUGUGGACCAGCACCCUCACUCAGAAAGAGUACGUACUGGACCAUCUCUCGAAGGACAAAUACAUCAUUCAAAUUUGGACCACAGGAAACGAUGAACAAGUCACCAAUUUAUUGGACAACGGUUACAAAUUAAUUUUGAGUAACUACGACGCGCUCUACUUAGAUUGUGGCUUUGCUGGGUGGGUUACUGAUGGGAACAAUUGGUGUUCUCCUUAUAUUGGAUGGCAAAAAGUUUACGAUAAUAAACCUGCAAGCAUCGCAGGUAGCAGAAAAGAUCAGAUUUUGGGAGCUGAAGCCACCCUUUGGACAGAACAGGUUGACACCACUGCCAUAGACAGUCGCCUUUGGCCCAGGGCAGCAGCCUUGGCUGAAGUACUCUGGACAGAGCCUACUACGGAUUGGAAAGUGGCGGAACAAAGAUUUUUGGUGCAUAGAGAACGACUGGUUACCUUAGGCAUAGAUGCCGAUGGUAUUGAACCCCAAUGGUGCUUACAAAACGAAGAAAACUGCCGAAUAGGUGCGGUCUUCAACACAGAACAUAAAUAAACAUUACAUUAAUGUUUUAAUAAUUCUAAACCUGUCAAGCAUCCUCUAUCUGUGUUAAUAGUGUGUGAACCUCUAGAUACUUAUAUAAAUGAAAAUAAAAUUAGGUAUAUAAAAAGUUUGCAAUUA